AUGUUCCCUGAGUUGAGUAUACUCUUUCUGAUACUGUCAGGAAUGGAAUUCUUAAUCGGAAUUCUAGGCAAUGUGUUCAUUGGACUGGUACUCUGCUCUGAAUGCGUUAAGAACCAAAAGACAUCUUUAUUUGACUUCAUCCUCACUGGCUUGGCUAUCUCCAGAAUCAGCCAACUGUUGGUGUAUUUUUUGCAAUCACUUAUAAUGGGACUAGAUCCACAGGUAUUUGCCAUUUUUAAACUAGCAAAACCCAUUUCUUUACUUUGGAGAAUAUCUAAUCAUUUGACUACCUGGCUUGUCACCUGCCUAAGUAUUUUCUGUCUCCUUAAGAUAGCUCAUUUCUCCCACUCUCUUUUUUUCUGGCUGAAGUGGAGAAUGAACAGAGUCAUUCUUGUGAUGCUUGCAUUUUCUUUGGUCUUUCUGAUUUUGGACAUUCUAUUGCUAGAAACAUUUAGUGAUCUCUUCUGGAAUUUAAUAAAUGAAGGCAAUUUGACUUUGGCUGAAAGUAAAACUCAUUAUAUUAAAAGUGAGAUUCUUCUUAGUUUCUCCUAUUUCGUUCCUAUUGUUCUGUCCCUGCUCUCAUUUUUUUUUUUAUUUCAGUCAUUGGUGAAACACACCAGAAAUUUGCAGCUCAACUUUGUGGGUUCCAGGGACUUCAGCACAAAGGCCCAUAAAAGAGCCAUGAAAAUGGUGACGUCAUUCCUUCUCCUUAUCAUGGUUCAUUUUCUAUUCACACAAUUGACAAAUUGGAUGUUUCAUAGGUUUUUGGACAAUAAGUUCACAAAGUUCAUCAUGUUAGUACUAUAUGUCUUUCCUUCAGGUCACUCGUUCAUGUUGAUUCUGGGAAACAGCCAAUUAAGACAGAUAGCCUUGAAGGUACUGAAGCAUCUUAAAAGCUUCUUGAAAAGACAAAAUCCAUUGGAUUUAUAG